CAUGUAUUUCAGUUAGCUAGAAUGAGAUAUGUAUCUGUUAGUGAGUUUCGUGGUAAAGUUAUGGUUGGUAUAAGAGAAUAUUAUGAUGCUGAUGGUGAAAUGAGACCUGGUAAAAAAGGAAUCUCUUUGUCUUUGGAACAAUGGGCUGCUUUAAAAGACCACAUGGAAGAUAUAGAUGCUGCAAUCAAGAGAAUGUAA